AUGUCUUCCUCUUAUCCCAACGGAGUGAAUAACGGGAAUGCCUCUAAAUCACAGCAGCCUCUUCCACCUCCACCAAAGACUGAUAAGCCCAGACCGCACGUGUGUGCGACUUGCACACGCUCGUUUGCCCGUUUGGAACAUCUAAAGCGUCAUGAGCGUUCUCAUACAAAGGAGAAGCCAUUCGAAUGCCCGGAAUGCACCCGAUGCUUCGCCCGUAGAGACCUUCUUCUCCGCCAUCAACAGAAGCUACACAUGACAACAACUCCCAGCAGCCGCCCAAGAGCUGGUGGUCGAAGGGAGAGCACUAGUUCUGUUGCGUCCACAACUGGUAGGGUUCGAAAGAAUUCCAUCUCCACAGCUACUGUUCCACCCAGUGCCGGUGAUGGCGGUGCAUCAACAAUGAGAGCUAGGCCAAGGGCGAAUACCAUUGCUCAUGUGGAUUCUUCAACUUUGGGAAUGAUUGCCGCCGCAAACGCGAAUGUUAACCGCGGAAGAAAUGGUGUAGCCGCUCAGGCCAAUAUGGGAGGUAUCGGUUUUGGUUCCCACAAUCAUGAGGAAACCAGGCACGCGAUCCCCAAGAUCGAUACUUCAAUCAACUCAUUGGACUUGGGUGGAAUGAUGCCCCGUUCUGCCACAAUCCUGCCCUCUGAAUUCGACCUUGAAGGGCUGUUUUUUCAGCCACCAAACUGUUAA